CGACCCGAAAUACUCAUAGUUUCCUUUCCGUACGCGCUGUGCCUUGUCUCCGACUCUAGCAAAUAUACGCUAUCCAGUCGAAGAAGGUGAAGAAACUACGCUAAACACUACAUACUGUUGAAUCGCAUCUGCUAGCCUUACCGCCUGAAGCCUCCCCUGAGCCCCCGAGGGGCCAAUACCCGACCAAGAUGGCUCACCAAUGGAUCAAUGUCCAGCAAAAGACCUUUACCAAAUGGAUGAAUACCAAGAUUUUGCAAAGGGGCUUAGUGGUAAAAGACCUCGUUGCCGACCUAAGUGAUGCCGUACUUCUGAUACAUCUUCUCGAAUGUCUGUCGAGCGAAUCGUUAGGACGAUAUGCGGCGAAACCGAAGUUGCGAGUCCAAAAGUUCGAGAACGCCAACACGGCUCUAGACUUCAUCAAAUCAAGGGGGAUUCAGAUGACAAAUAUAGGCGCAGAAGAUGUAGUCGACGGCAAUCGCAAGAUCAUACUGGGUCUUAUCUGGACCCUAAUUCUGAGGUUUACCAUCAGCGACAUCAACGCGGAGGGAAUGACAGCGAAAGAGGGUCUUCUACUGUGGUGUCAACGCAAGACGGCAUGUUACGACGAAGUUGACGUUCGCGAUUUCAGUAGUAGCUGGAACGACGGACUCGCCUUCUGCGCGCUGUUAGACAUCCAUCGACCGGAUCUGAUCGACUACGAUGCUUUAGACAAGUCAGAUCACCGCGGAAACAUGCAGCUAGCUUUCGAGAUCGCUCAUAAGGAGAUCGGAAUUCCCGACUUGCUGGAUGUUGAAGAUGUUUGCGACGUUGCUAAGCCAGACGAGAGGAGUUUGAUGACGUAUAUCGCUUAUUGGUUCCAUGCCUUCUCGCAGAUGGAGAAGGUCGAGAAUGCCGGUCGACGAGUGGAGAAGUUUGUUAAUAACAUGCAAGGGGCCUGGGAGAUGCAGAGCGCCUAUGAGCGGCGGAUGGCGGAGUUGUUGAGGCAGAUCAGAGAGCAGAUAGAACAGUGGCAGCAAUCAACGUUCGAAGGUACUUAUGCGGAUGCGAAGAAGCAGGCAGCCGAGUUCGCCUCCUAUAAAAGGGGCAAGAAGAGAGAUUGGGUCGCCGAGAAGAGUGACCUAGCCACGUUAUUAGGGAACAUCAAGACUAAGCUGGGCACGUAUCGACUUAGAGCCUAUGAACCGCCACCUGAGCUAUCGCUCGAGACUACCGAGAGGGAGUGGGCUAGGUUAACCGAAACUGAGAUGAUGCGUGCCCAGCUCAUCAACGAGACCAUUAGAGAUAUCAAAAACGCCCUCCGAAAGUCUUUUGCCGACAAGGCGAACGAUUUCGCGCUGGCACUUAACACAAUGCAAAUCGCCAUCUCGGGUCUCGAAGGCGACGUGGAAGACCAGCUAUUGCACGUGCGACGACUAAGCGACAACCUACCACCCCUAGAUGCGUACCUGGAGAAGAUCGCGGCCGUCGACGCCAAGUGCCAAGAAGCCAAUAUUGAAGAGAACGACUUCACGACCUACACCUACGACGAGCUAUUAUACGAAUUAGGACUCGUAAAGUCGUCUGUGCAGAAGAAACUAGCCUUCCUCGAGAACCAGAUGGUAGCGCGUAGCAUGACGAACCUGACGCCGAUCCAGCUCGAAGAGUUCGAGUCCGUGUUCCGGCACUUCGACCGCGACGACACGAACUCGCUCUCGGAGCUGGAGUUCUCGGCGGCGCUCGCGUCGCUGGGCUUGGUCUUCAGCGAGGACGAGAUGCACGACUACUUCCUGGAGACAUCGCACGGGCGCGACCGGGUCACGUUCGAGCAGUUCAUCCGGUUCAUGGUGGACGUGACGGAGGACCAAAACACGGCCGAGCAGGUGUUCCAGUCGUUCCGCGAGGUGGCGGACGGCAAGCCGUACGUGACGGAGAUGGACCUGCGCCACUCGCUUGUGCCCGAUGAAGUGAUCGAGAAGCUCUGCGAGAUCGUGCCGCCGCACCACGGCCCCGACAUGGCCCAGGACCGCGGCGUGCCCCAGUACGACUACAUCAGCUUCAUGGAGAAGCUGAUCACCGGCCCCGAGCGCCAGGAUGGCCGCGGCAGCCCCGGCAGCAGCAGCGGCGGAGGCGGCCCGCUCCAGGAUAUAACGAACGGCCGCGUCAGCCCCUCGAAGAAGAGCAACGGGAAUGGGUACCACUAAGUGGAUCCUCGACCAUAAUCUUGUCCUUGACCUUCGUCGUGUAAAAGAUAGGGGCCGCUUAGGCUAGGCAGGGGGGACCUGCCAUUUUAAUAAGUCGAGAGCACAGACUACAGCCACAGUCCCGUCCGUGUCAAACCGCGUUUUACUAACUUUUAACUUACAAACCUUCUUCUCUUCAUGGGCUUAGGUGGCUCGGUCCUGGGCGGAGGAUCGGGGACACGCAAUGUAGGGACGGAUUACCAAAAAAGAACUCUUUUUCACCAAAUCUCUCGGAAGUUAAGCAAAACCUUGGGUUAGGUUAGGCUGGGCUUACGAAACG